AUGGUAGCCCAUCUGCAGCACCUGCAGGCCACGCUCAUCCUGCAGCCCUCACUGCUGCCCAGAGCUGUGGGGAUGGUGAAGAAGAGCAGAAAAUCCACCAUCAGCCUCCUCCUCAUCACUGGGGUCCCCAAGCAGCAGACGGACGGAAAGGGCAAAGGCCUGGAGUACUACCUGUCCCAGUUCCUUUGCCUUGCCAGCUUCCUGCUGCUGCUGAUUUUCCUGGGCAUCCUGGUGGUGAAGAUGAUUGGGUCAGGCUGGCUUGACAGAAGAGAGGAGAACUUUAAUCUCUUGCCAGUGGAUUGUGACAAAAGGAAGGAUGAUUUCUGUCAAGCUAAAGAGAAGGAUGUGGUGAUGAACGUGCUGCACGAGUUGUAUAACUACCUGUCUGUACAAGCUGGUAAUUUUGAAUGUGGAAACCCUGAGAAUCUAAAAAGCAAAUGCAUUUGGGUUAAUGAAGCAAAGGAUCACGUUGUGAAUAUAACUGGUGGUUCCUCUCAGAAGUUUGAAGCUGCCCUGCACUGGAUACUGAACAGUAACAAGGAUUUAGGAAUAUGGUUGAAAGGCAGGGACCUUUCAGAACCAGUUACCAAGGUGGAGGAUGUGUUCUGCCUGGAAUCAGCCCAUCCUCAGAUGGGGCUUGGCUGCCGUUUCCGUCGGGCAGUGGUCACUGCCAUUAUGAACCUUUUCCUGUUUUUCUGGGGUCUGCUGAGCCUCUGGGGGAUCCUGCUCUUCCUUAGGUAUCGCUGGCGGAAGAUGGCAGAAGAGGAACAAGCCAUGUAUGACAUGGUGAAGAAGAUCAUAGCUGUUGUCCAGGACCACUACAAGGAAUGGGAACGGAAUUUGGAACGUUAUCCCUACGUUGGCAUUUUCCACGUCCGGGACAGUCUCAUCCCUCCCCAGAGCAGGAAAAAAAUGAAGAGGGUCUGGGAGAGAGCUGUGGACUUCCUGGCUUCCAAUGAGUCACGGAUUCAGACAGAGUCCCACAGGGUGGCAGGAGAGGACAUGCUGGUGUGGAGAUGGACUCAACCUUCUUACGUCUCGGAUUCGGAGCACUGAAGAGGAGCAGAAGCUGAGCAGCUGUUGCUAUGGACCUCUGCAAGGGGACAGUCCCUUCUCUGGUGGUGGGAAAGAGCAGGUCAAGGUCCUGAUCUUGUAGAGUUGGGGUUUGCACUUAUCUGUUUGCUCUUCUUUCUGAAAAUCCU